AUGAAUGGUUUAGACAUUGUUCGCAGCGACAUUGCCCUGGAUAAGCAGAAAGGCUGUAAGAUCGCCCAGCAUCCUGACAUAAUGUUGGAGCUACAGAGGGAAAAGGCAGCUCAGAUGCACUUGGUUUUGUUAAAGGAGCAGUUUUCAAACACAUACAGCAACCUCACAUUAACAGCCAGGUCUCUAGACAAACUCUAUAACUUUGCUGACUGCUCUGGCCUUCACCUGAUCUUUGCACUGAAUGCUUUGCGCCGAAAUCCCAACAACUCCUGGAACAGCUCCAAUGCCCUCAGCCUGCUGAAGUACAGUGCCAGCAAGAAGUACAACAUCUCCUGGGAGCUGGGUAACGAGCCCAAUAACUAUCGGACCCUGAUCGGCCGCUCGGUGAACGGCAGCCAGCUGGGGAAGGACUACAUCCAGCUGAGAAGCCUGCUGCAGCUUAUCCGCACUUAUUCCAGAGCAAACCUCUAUGGGCCGAACAUUGGGAGGCCCAGAAAGAACGUCAUCGCUCUCCUGGAAGGGUUCAUGAAAGUGGCUGGCAGCACGGUGGAUGCUGUUACCUGGCAACAUUACUACAUUGAUGGCCGAGUGGCCAAAGUGACGGACUUCCUGAAAACGCGCCUGUUAGACACGCUCUCUGACCAGAUCAGGAAAAUCCAGAAAGUAGUGAACACGUACACGCCGGGGAAGAAGAUCUGGCUGGAAGGUGUUGGUGCGACCUCAGCCGGAGGCAUGAACAACCUCUCCGAUUCCUAUGCGGCCGGGUUCCUGUGGCUGAACACACUGGGUUUGGCCAGCCAGGGCAUCGAUGUGGGGGUGCGGCACUCCUUCCUCGACCACGGCCACAACCACCUGGUGGACCAGAACUUCAACCCCUUGCCGGACUACUGGCUGUCCCUGCUGUACAAGCGCCUCAUCGGUCCCAAGGUCCUGGCGAUCCACGUGGCCGGUCUCCAGAGGAAACCCCGGCCCGGCAGCGCAAUUCCCGACAAGCUCCGCCUUGCCGCCCACNGCUCUCCCCUUUGCAGCCACAACUACGUCCGGGGGUCCAUCACCCUUUACAUCAUCAACCUGCAUCGCUCCCGGAAGAAAAUCAAGCUGGCGGGGACGCUGCGGGAUAAGAUCGUCCACCAGUACCUGCUGCAGCCCUACGGCAAGGACGGGCUCCACUCCAAGUAA